CCCUCGCGGCGGGCGUGGCGGAGGAGCCGCAGCGAGAGAGGGACGGCACUCCUCCCUCGAGUGGCGGGGGCGCGGGCGGCGAGAGCGACGCGACGGCGUCGGCGCUGCUCCGCGCGGAGAUGCUCGCACUCGGCCUGGAACGGUCCGCCACCAAUGCGCAGUCGUCGCGGCGGCUGCGCUUGCUGCGCGAGCUGCAGGCGAGCGUGGAGGAGCUGGAGGCGGAGGGCUUCGCGGACCGGCAGGUGCUGCGCAAGCUCAAGGAGCAGGUGCGGUCGUCGUACGCCUCUGCUCCGCCCGAGUUCAUCGCCGAGGCGCGCAAGGCGGACCUCUUCAACGAGUACACGCCGCGCCGCUCGCUCGCCGAGAUCGCCGCCGACGUGACGAGCAUCGUCGGCGCGGGGCUCCGGGCGGUGGAGCGGUCCGUCGAGGAGACGGUCGCGGCGCCCGACUACCGCAGCCUCCCGCUCAACCAGCGCCGGAGGGUCGCGCGCGAGCCGGGCAACAAGAUUGAGAUCCGCAAGCCGCGGCGCCGCGGCGAGGGGGAGUAGGUCUUGAUGGGGGAGGCGAUGACCCAGCGCCAGCUCCAGGGGCGCGCCCCGCCGGUCCACUGAGUGCCAACAUAUGAGCAGUUCAGACGGCGCGGGGCGCGCAUUGAGCCCGCAUGCACAUAUGGUGUUAAUUACGUAAAGUGUCGAGUUCUACUUCGCUCUAGCGCUCUACCGUCAGAUAUAG